AUGAACCGUGCAGCCGCCGCUCUGUCUACAUCCGCCAAUGGCAGCAAGGGAGCUUUGAUCUUUCUGCAUGGUCUCGGUGAUUCCCCUGCAGGAUGGUCCGAGCUCCAGAGGUCGCUCCCGCAGAUGAAGCCUCGCCUCAAAGAUAUCACCUACGUCUUUCCGCCGGCACCGACGAUUGGCAUUACCAUCAAUGGAGGCAUGCAAAUGCCGGGAUGGUUUGAUCUCUUUGAUUGGCCGAUUGGUGUGGGUUCCAAAGAUGAUCGAGAAGGGUUGGACAAGGCAGUGGCACAAAUCGAAUCGGAGGUUGAAAAGUUGGGAGAAGCAGGUAUUCCUCCCUCCAAGAUUGUCGUUGGAGGUUUCUCACAGGGUGGAGCCAUUGCGCUCUUGACCUGCUACAGAGGGCAAGAAACCUUUGCAGGUUGUGCAGGUCUGUCGGCGUGGUUAACCUUGCCAGGAGACCUGGAUGUUUCCGACAAUGCCAAACAGAUUCCUCUGUUUUGGGGACAUGGUAAAAUGGACGAUAAGGUCCUGUUUGCUCAGCAAGCAUUUGGUGUGGAGAAGCUUCGAAGUCAAGGUGUUUCCGUCGUGGACAAAGCCUACAACAUGGGACACAGCAGCCAUCCAGAGGAAAUGGAAUAUCUAGCCGAAUUUGUGGACAAGGCUAUCUUUGGAGAUGCCAAGUCAGAAUUGUGA